CUGUUCUUAAUAUGUGAUGUUUGUUUGUAAUGUGAUUUAUAUCUGAAUGGUUGAUAGAUUUGAAUUUGCUCAUUGCUUAUUAGAUUAUCAAGCGACGAGACGAGGAUGAAGCUUUUGGAUCUGUUCAUAACCUCGUCGAUACCAGUCGGAAAGAUUCUUGUGAUAACAGGAAUCGGCUUUUACUUGGCUCUUGAUCGUGUUAACAUUCUUAAUCAAGAUGCUAGAAAACAGCUCAACAACAUAGUUUUCUAUGUGUUUAGUCCUUCACUCGUUGCAAGCAGUCUAGCUGAGACUAUUACUUAUGAAAGCUUGGUGAAAAUGUGGUUCAUGCCACUCAACGUUGUGCUCACAUUCAUCAUUGGCUCGUUUCUUGGUUGGCUUGUUAUCAAGGUCACUAAACCUCCUUCACAUCUCCGUGGCAUCAUAGUUGGUUGCUGUGCUGCUGGGAACUUGGGAAACAUGCCACUCAUCAUUAUCCCAGCUAUAUGCAAUGAGAAGGGAAGCCCUUUUGGAGAUCCUGAGACUUGUGAGAAGUAUGGUUUAGGUUAUGUUGCCCUCUCAAUGGCGAUUGGAUCCAUUUGCAUAUGGACUUAUGUAUACAAUCUUAUGAGAGUGCUAGCUAGAGAAACUCCUAUAAUCAUCGGUACCUCCUCUACAGUGCCAUUGAUUCCUACCAAAGUGGUUCAAGUUGAGGAGCAGUUUGGAACAUGGAGCAAGAUCAAGCAAAGAGUAUGUUCUGCAACAGAGAAUAUCAAUCUAGGAACGAUCUUUGCUCCUUCCACUAUUGCAGCGCUUAUCGCGCUUGGGAUUGGGCUUAUUCCUACACUAAGGAAGCUACUAAUCGGCAACACAGCUCCACUCAGAGUGAUUGAAGACUCAGUAUCUCUAUUAGGGGAAGGGACUAUUCCUCUUCUGACUUUGAUUAUAGGAGGAAACCUUCUCAAAGGUCUGAGGGGAUCAGGAAUGCACAAGUCAGUCAUAUUAGGCGUGGUGGUUGUGCGUUACGUGUUGCUGCCAAUAAUAGGUGUUUUGAUAGUGCAAGGAGCUCAUUACUUGGGCUUGAUUACAUCAGAACCGCUCUACCAGUUUGUUCUUCUGCUUCAGUAUGUUGUUCCACCGGCUAUGAAUCUUGGUACAAUAACUCAACUAUUUGGGUCAGGAGAAUGUGAAUGCUCUGUGAUUCUCUUCUGGUCUUACGCUUUGGCUUCGGUUUCUCUCACCCUCUGGCCAACCUUCUUUAUGUGGCUUGUUUCCUGAACUAACACACACACAUACACAUACACGCAUAC